UGUUACUGAAAAUUUUAUCAUUACGACCGUGGAAUGAUAAAAAGACCAGGGGUAUUUUGGUAACUUCACGGGCAAAAUUAGGCAACUAUCUCGGCCAUAACGGUUGUCAAUCAAAUCCAAAUCAGCCCAUUGUCUCCCUUAAACACCAAUCCAACGGUAGAAACUCAAACAAUGAUUUAAAAAUUUCAAUCCAACGGCCCCACAAAACUAGCCGUUACACGCAGAGCGUACAGACCUCAACGUCUUCUUUCUCAUUUCUUCUCAUCCUUUGCACCAUUUCAUUCAUUCAUUCAUUUGUGCAGUUCUAACUAAAAUAAAGAAAAAAAACUGAGCGAUUCACCAAAAACCCACGAAACCCUAAUCGUUUCCGGCGAAGUGUCUCCUUUCGCGACUCAGAUUCCCGAUGGAUUUGAUCGGCAAGAACGCCGGUGCGGUGACUCCUGUAAAAGAUUCACAUGGUUCUCGAUCAAAGAACCCAGAAAUUUUGAGAUGUUCGGAGAAUCUGAACCCUAAUGUUUCCCCUGGUCCUAAAACGACGAACUCGCCAGUGAUCAAAUCGGCCAAGUCUCAGAAAUCGGUUUCGAAAAAUCCGAACCAGAAUCCGGUUGCUUUCUCGCCGCGGAAUAAGAUCCGGGAAAGAAAGUUCGUAGUGGCGAAGAAGAAGAACUCUAAGAAAGAGAACGUGGCUCCGAAAGUUGCUUGCAAGUGUAAAGAGAAGGUCGUUGGUGGUAAUCCUAAGAAGUGUCUUUGUGUCGCUUAUGAGAAUCUCCGGGCUUCGCAAGAGGAGUUUUUCAAGAGUCGUGAUUCCGUUAGUGGGGAAGUAUCGGAAUCUAACAAUUCUAAAGCUAUUGAUAGAGCUGAGAGUGAACUGGAAGAGGAAAUAGCUAAGGGUUUGAUGAUUCAAGACCUUCACGUCGACGAUGGGUAUCAGGGGCAGGCAGGAGAUAUUAAUGAUUCCAAUAAUGGCGAAUCUGGUGAGGUUGAUUCGCCUAAUCAAUUAGGUUGCUCGACAGUGAAGAGAAGGCGGGAAAAGUUGUUGGAAGAAGCAAGGAACAGUGCGCCUGAAUGUGGAAAAGUGAUGCAUUUGGUUCAUGCUUUUGAGAAACUUCUUUCCAUACCAAAGUCUAAGGAGUCUAAUGAUCAGAAGACUGAUCAGGAACAGGAAUUAGUAGAGACCAAAAAGCCAAUGAUGUGGGCUUUACCUGGAUUACCUCCUCCUAAAGUUCCUGAAAUGCAAUUUUCAUCUUCAUCGUUUUGUCCAUCCGAGUUGUUUUUGACAUCUGAAAAUCUUGGUUUGGAUCCAAAAGCUUCGGUUUCGUCUUCUUGGGAUGGCAGUCAAGGAAGUGUUUCAAGCAGGAAUUCCUCUAAUGGUGGGCGAAGGAGUCGAAGAAAUAGCUUAGAAUCGAUUAGCACAAUUGGUGGUAGUAGAUGGAAAAAGAAGAAGCUUAAAGCCACUUCUCAGAAACCAUUCAAGCUAAGAACAGAGCAAAGGGGAAGAAUGAAGGAAGAGGAAUUCGUUAAGAAAUUGCAGGAGAUAAUAGUAGAAGAAGAGAAGCAGCGGAUACCAGUUGCUCAGGGUCUUCCAUGGACUACAGAUGAACCAGAGUGUCUUGUAAAACCUCCAGUGAAAGAGAGAACAAAGCCUGUGGAUCUGAAGCUUCACAGUGAUGUUCGAGCAGUAGAGCGAGCUGAGUUUGAUAAUCAGGUAGCAGAGAAAAUGACCCUGAUAGAGCUAUAUAAGAUGGAAAGAGAGAGACAACAAAGGAUGGCAGAAGAGGAAGAAGUUAGAAGACUGAGAAAGGAACUCGUUCCAAAAGCCCAGCCCAUGCCUUAUUUUGAUAGACCUUUCAUCCCAAGAAGGUCGAUGAAGAAUCCAACAAUUCCAAAAGAACCCAGAUUUCAUAUUCCCCAACAGAAAAAGAUCAAGUGCUGCCUGUCCUGGAAUGAUGCCAGCUCCUUCACAUUCCAACAACAUUGACAAUAGCUUGAAGAAGAGCUUUUUAUAGAUAUUUCCUCCCCCAAUUCUCUUCUGUUAUUCAAUCAAUUGUUAUGAUGUGAGAUUUUUUAUAGUAAUAAAAAGUCUAAGAAAGAAGAAUGGAGCUACCUGCCAAUAUAGCUCAUUCAUUGUCCAA